UCAAGUUGCCGGCCCGCCACUAUUGGCGCUUAGGCUGCAACCAUCUGCGUUCCCUCGGGCGCACAAUGGGAGCUCAGUGCCUUUAAAAAGACGAGGUAAGGAGAGAAGUCAGUGUCACAACGCGGGACCGCUCAGCCGAAAAGCUCUCGUUUCUUUUCACUGGCAGUUAGUCUUUACAUUUUUUUGUAGACGCAAUCUUGACGGUUCUCUGCAGGUAUCUCAAUUUGGAAUACCGAAGUCGCGAUGCCACGGGGUUUUUUGGUAAAGCGCACCAAGAAGCCUGGCGCAGUCUCCUACAGGGUGCGUGAGGAGUGUGUGCCAGCUCAGGGUUUCUUAACAGCAGUCUACGCUUCAGGCAUGCCGUGCUACAUCGACAGAAAGCAUAUCAGGACUGCGACUUUGCCCACGGACUGCAAUCAGGUCUGGAGCAUACAGAGUCGGGUAAAUUUAGGCGGGAUGCCUGAAGCUCAAUGUCCCCCGACUCUCAGUCCAAACCGGCCAGUCAGUGCGGCGUACCCCCAGCAGAAUACAUCGGCCGAAUACUUAGAUCGCAAACUGAACUCCAGCUCUCCCGUUCAAGCCGAGUCUUUUCCUGAGCAAAACUUUGCCAUCAGCGGCACAGGUGUGGCGUUCCCUCCUUCUUUGGCUGAGAUGACAACGAAACUGGGUAACGCGUGCAAAGAGCCGGAGUCCACCGCCGUCAAGCGACCCGCCCCCACAAAUGCCAAAGCCAAGCAGACACAUGCCAAAAAGCAGAAGUCCUGGAGUUCAGCUCAUGGAGAUAAAAAACUAAGUUACCGGGAUGAAGUUACAACGUCGCCAGUUCUUGGUUUGAAGAUCAAGGAAAUGCCGGAGGAAGACGCAAAACCGCGGUCCAACAGCCCGCUAGGUGAGUUCAUUUGUCAACUUUGCAAGGAGAGAUACGCGGAUCCACUAACCCUAGCGCAGCACAGGUGUUCCCGCAUCGUCCGCGUCGACUAUCGCUGCACUGAAUGCGACAAAGUCUUCAGCUGCCCCGCCAAUUUAGCCUCCCACAGAAGGUGGCACAAGCCAAAGACCCAGCCGGAGGGCAGUUCCGCAGAAAGCGAGGAGAUGGAGUCUAAUUUGACUUCUGUCGUACAGGACCAAACCAUUAAGAUUCGAGAUGGACGCACACCAUCUCCGCAGGUUUCUGACUCUGGAUCCGAAGAAGAUCUGGCCUUCAGUUGCUCUCUAUGUUGCAAGAAAUUCAGGAGACAAGCUUAUCUAAGAAAACAUCUCGCUCUACACAACAGGCAGGCCACGGCUUCGGAGAGCGCACAGCCUAUAGAAGAAAAAGUAAAAUCAAACCCACAACAGAAUUGCUCCGGCGAGCUUAGAUCUCUCUACCUCGGGAAAGACGCGCAGGGAACGGGAUCUGCAGCCGGCAAGGUGUACCCAUGCAGAUUCUGCGGUGAGAACUUCUUCUCCUCUCCAGGGCUCACAAGGCACAUCAAUAAAUGUCACCCAGCAGAAACCAGACAUGUUAUUUUAUUGUCUCAAACGGGUUGACAAACUUGGAUAUGGAAGCUAACCAAAAAAAAAUACAAAAAAAAAACACUUUGCCAGUUUUGACCAUCAUCUUGCAUGUGUGCAUGUUGCCUAUUUCUAAUGCGUUGUGCAAAAACCUGGCGACGACCUCAAGGAUUAAGAGUCAGCAGCGCAAUCUGUAUAGCCAAUUAGCUUUUUAUAUGUGCGUUUUUUCUCGACGUUUAUUCAUAUUAAAGUCUAUUUAUUUAUUUAUGGCCUUUCAUACAGAAAAUUUGCUGCUUUUAUGUUAUUACUGGGAUGCGUUUAUUAGGUAUUUGCCUUACAAUAAAACAUCAUUGUGAAAAUUCCUGAGUAUUUUAAACCCAAAAUUGACCAAAACGCAUUUUGUAUUUUUAUAUGUUGGUAUGUU